AUCUCCCAAAGAUAUUUCUCGUUAAUACUUGAUAACAACUUCAUAAUACCCAUGGCUAUUUGUCACCGCAUGUUAGCCGGUACUAAUCCAUUUAACACCCAACAAACAGGCAAGAUUAGCGUACCUGUAAUUCAAUCUUUGCCUACCACCCACAAAUGGACGAUAGCCCACGACCUCACGUUGGGUUCUAAUCCAUCACAACGUUAUGAAUAUCUUAUAGGAAACCCCAUUUCACCUGUUGAGUUCUCCUUGAAGGAUGAAGUUCACAUCAAACACGCAAGAAAAUUGAAGGAGGUCAGGCGUGUACUGAGCAAAGCCGGAGAAGAGCCAUUGGAGGGACUAUUUUUGAUUGAUGCUAUCCAACGCUUAGGCAUUGAGUACCACUUUCAAGAGGAGAUUGAAGCAAUUCUACAAAGGCAGUAUAUGGCAAUUAAAACAGAUGUUCAUAAAUAUGAAGAUCUCUAUGAGGUCUCACUGUGCUUUAGACUGUUGAGACCAGAAGGUUACUAUGUCUCCCCAGAUGCGUUUAGCAACUUCAACAAGCAGGGGAAGUUCACACAAGAACUGAGUAAAGACGUGAAGGGGGUCAUGGGUUUAUUUGAGGCUUCGCAGCUAAGUAUAGAGGGAGAAGAUAUACUUGAUGAAGCGACAAACUUUAGUAGACAGGUUUUAAGUGAAUUGGUGACACAUCUUGAUCCUCAUCAAGCGAGAACUGUGGCAUCCACAUUGAGGAAUCCCUACCACAAGAGCUUGGGAAGAUUCAUGGCAAAGAACUUUAUCGUAGAUUAUAGAGGUACAAAUGGAUGGGAAAAUGACUUGCAAGAACUGGCAAAAAUGGACUUCAAAGUGGUUCAAUCCAUACACCAAAGAGAAUUACUUCGAGUAUCCAAGUGGUGGAGAGACCUAGGUUUGGCUAAGGAGUUGAAGCUUGCAAGGGACCAACCACUUAAAUGGUACAUGUGGCCAAUGGCAAUGCUCACAGAUCCAAACUUGUCGUACCAAAGAAUUGAGCUCACAAAGCCCAUUUCUCUCAUAUACAUGAUAGAUGAUAUUUUCGAUCUUUAUGGGACGCUUGAUGAACUCGUUCUUUUCACUGAAGUUGUCAAAAGGUGGGACUUUUCUGCCGUCGAACAACUACCAGACUACAUGAAGAACUGUUUCAAGGCUCUUUAUGACACCACAAAUGAAAUCAGUUACAAUGUCUACAAAGCAUACGGUUGGAACCCUAUAGACUCACUACGAGAGACGUGGGCAAGUCUGUGCAAUGCGUUUCUCGUAGAAGCCAAGUGGUUUGCUUCUGGGAAGUUGCCAAAGGCAGAGGAGUACCUGAAUAAUGGGAUUGUCAGUUCAGGUGUACAUGUGGUCCUUGUCCACCUAUUUUUCCUCCUGGGUCAUGGUAGGGAUAAGGAAAGUGAGUGUCUGGUCAAGGACAAUCCAGGUCUGAUCAUUUCUGUGGCCACAAUUCUUCGUCUUUGGGAUGACUUGGGCAGUGCCAAGGACGAAAAUCAAGAUGGGUACGACGGAUCAUAUGUGGAGUACUACAUGAAAGAACACCAAAGCUCUUCAGUUGAAACCGCACGAGAACAUGUUAUUAACAAAAUUUCUGACGCAUGGAAGAGCCUCAACAAGGAGUGCUUGUCUCCAAAUCCAUUUUCAGCAACUUUCAAAAAGGCUUCUCUUAAUCUUGCAAGAAUGGUGCCUUUAAUGUACAACUAUGACGACAAUCAUCAGCUUCCGGGCCUUGAGGAGCUUGCUACUUCAUUGCUUUAUGACCAUGUAUAUUAAUAAGAGUGUUCCCUAUAAAUAAACAACAACCUAGUUUGAUGUUAUAACUAGUUAGAUCUAUGAGAUUUUAGUUCAAUACUGAGUAGUGGAAGUGUAAUAUCUGCAUUCUUCUGUGUUGAACACUUGUAAUACCAUGAAUUAGUUAUAGAAGAUUAAUUUCUUCAAAAAUUCUUUUUCUUUUUGUGGACCCAUGUGGUCACCGGGGAGGCAUGUUACACUUAUAAACGUC